AUGGCAGCUAGAAAUACCCUGCGACGGGCCUUGCUCUAUGUGCCCGGAUCAUCUCAGAAAUUCCUGGACAAAUCGCGCUCGCUCGCUGCAGACUGCGUCGCCUAUGAUCUCGAGGACAGCGUGACUCCGCACAAGAAGGCGGAGGCGCGGCGGCUGGUGCGGAGAGCUCUCGAUCAGCCCGCUCCGGCGAGGAUCCGAGAGCGCGCUGUCCGCAUCAACUCGGUCGAAAGUGGAUUGGCGUUGAAAGAUUUGACGGAAGUGGUGAGAUCUGUCCGAUCAAUUGUCGCUUUUUUUUUUGCUAACAAAGACAAGCUCCAAUCCCCAAACCUGACGACCAUCGUCGUCCCCAAAGUCAACUCUGCUUCUGACCUGACGUUCGUCACGGACGUCAUUUCCCACACACUCGCAACGCAGGAGAGGAGCAGUAAUAAUAGCAGCGCUCAAGCGUCGCGACCACCCAUCUCGCUCCUCGCCCUGAUCGAAUCCGCCAAAUCCAUCACCAACCUCUCGCAGAUCUGCUCCUCGACGCCGCUUCUGCAGGGCCUCAUCUUCGCCGCCGAGGACUUUGCCCUCGACCUCAGCCUGACGCGCACGCCGUCCCUGACCGAAUUCCUUUUCGCCCGCUCCGCCAUCGUCACCGCCGCCCGCGCCCACAAUCUCCCUUCGACCAUCGACCUCGUCUGCACGACGUACAAGUCGACUUCGCCCGACGGCGCGCCGCCCGCCGUGCUGGAGGAGGAGAGCCGCGGCGGGAAGAGACUCGGCUUCAACGGCAAGCAAUGCAUCCACCCGUCGCAGGUGGAGACGGUGCAGCGCAUCUUCAGCCCGGAGCCCGAGGAGGUCGAGUGGGCGGUGCGCGUCGUGAUUGCCGACGAGAAAGCCGCCGCCGCGGGCAGGGGCGCCUGGUCGCUCGACGGGAAGAUGAUCGACGUCCCCGUGGCGGAGAAGGCGAAGGCGAUUGUGCGCCGGGUUGAAGCCUGCGGUAUUAAUGUUGCGGAGCUGCAGGAGAAGUGGAAGGGGCAGGAACCUGAGUAA